AUGUUGCCUAUAUAAGCCUCUUAUAGGCCAUGAGAAGUCAUGGUCCAUGGCUGCUGUUGGAAUGCCUGUUGUUAGAAUGCCUAUUGUUAGAAUGGGAGCUGUGGAAAGUCUCUUGUUUACCUUUUGGCGAGUUCCAGAAGCCAGAUGGGAUCUCUCUGACAGGAAUUCAAGAGAAUCCGGACAAUGGCGGUUCCAAAAGCACAACUGCCACCACUCAUCAAGGUUCAUUUGUAGUUACCGACAUGGCUAAUGACCUUGGCGAAGGGCCCACGGGCUCGGCCACCACCACCACGGCGGGCGAGGGGCCCACGGGCUCGGCCACCACCACCACGGCGGGCGAGGGGCCCACGGGCUCGGCCACCACCACCACGGCGGGCGAGGGGCCCACGGGCUCGGCCACCACCACGGCGGGCGAGGGGCCCACGGGCUCGGCCACCACCACCACGGCGGGCGAGGGGCCCACGGGCUCGGCCACCACCACCACGGCGGGCGAGGGGCCCACGGGCUCGGCCACCACCACCACGGCGGGCGAGGCCGCCACCACCACGGCGGGCGAGGCCGCCACCACCACGGCGGGCGAGGCCGCCACCACCACGGCGGGCGAGGCCGCCACCACGGCGGGCGAGGCCGCCACCACGGCGGGCGAGGCGGCUACCACCACGGCGGACGAGGAACUUCUGUAG